GCCGGAGCCGGAGCCGCCAGCGGCUGCGGGGCUGAUGUGGGCGGACGAUCGGGAGCCGGAGCCGCGGUCCCCGAGCAGCGCAGCGCUCGCAACACCGGGAGCAGCAGGCAGCCCAGUGUAUGGGAUCCGAAGGAACAGAUAUGGGGAAGAGAGCAGAAACGAGCAGCGAAGGAGAUGGCACUGACCCACAAGCAUCGCCCAAACAGCGGCCAAACACAUGCUGCUUCUGCUGGUGUUGCUGUUGCAGUUGUCCCUGUCUCUCUGCUAGGAAAGAAGAGCGAGAGGAGACAGCAGGAAGACCCACUGAAGAAACGAAGAUGGAGACCACUGUGGAGACCAUUGAAUCUAAUGAAGAGAGCAAUCCUCUGCCAUCACUGGAGGAGAUCACAUCCUGGACACAGGGUUUUGACAAGGUGAUGAGGACUGAAGCGGGCAGGAACAUUUUCCGUGAGUUCCUGAGGACAGAGUACAGCGAGGAGAACAUGCUCUUUUGGCUGGCAUGUGAAGACUUCAAAAAGGAAAAGAAUUCAAAGGUAGUUGCAGAAAGAGCAAGGACAAUAUAUGAAGACUACAUUUCAAUUCUGUCUCCAAGAGAGGUGAGUCUUGACUCUCGUGUGCGAGAAAUAGUCAACAGGAACUUGCUGAAUCCAUGCCCUCUUAUGUUUGAGGAUGCCCAGCUACAGAUAUACAGCCUAAUGCACAGGGACUCCUUCCCCAGGUUCUUGAACUCUGAGAUAUACAAGUCACUCAUUGAAAGGCCUAAGACAUCCCCUGACACCAGCCCCAGUGCUGAAAGCAAAGCUCGGACCUCCUGAAAGCACAAGGAAAUGGAACAGUGGAAUUUGGAAACAGUUGCACACUUACAUUUGUAUAGCACACUCCUAUAUUUGCACAACUUCUAUCACAUACAUGCUAACAAGAUGCUAUUUGGAACAUACAGAUACAAUCAUUACAUGUGUACAUCUACAUAGUCACAUUAACAUGAGAGCAAGUAUACACAGUUAUACACACAUGGACCUAUGCAUACAUUCACAAACAUACCUUUGUGCAUUCAUGAAAGCACAUUCAUUCCUGCAUACAUGUAUACAUUCUCAAACAUUUGCACCUACAGGUGCUGACACCUUGUAUUAAGACACUAUCCACUUGUGUACACACUCCAACACUCUCACACACACACACUCACACACACACACACACACACACACACACACAUGUGUGGAAAUAAUAAUGAUUAAAGCAGUGUAAAGCUCUAUAGCUUGCUUGCUGGAGAUCCCUGUUUAGCUUUACUCAGGCUGUGGUGACUAACUGAAUAUCAAGUUCACCUUUAAAGAAAGUAUAUACAUAUAAAAUCAUCGGAAUAAAGGUUUUGCUCACUGCCUCAGUUACAAACACAAAGACAAAAGCCAAGAAUGUUUGUUUUUUUUUUAAGAAAAGAUGUUUUGUUAUUUGCCAAGGUUUGAUUUUUGUUCCCUGUAGCAGCAACAUACCAAGUUGGUCACUAGUAGAGUAGGUAACCAGCUGCCUGCAGCAUCCCCAAACAUUGAUCAGAGAGAGCAAACACUACCUUGGAGAGGUUUGGAGGGACAGGGGCUUCAAGUGCUCCCAAGGAACAUUUGCCUGAUCAGAGUGCAGAACAUGCAGCAGUGUGACACUGUUCUUCAAAGAGCACUGGGGCCUCCUGAGGUAGCUGUAAGCAAGUUUAGAAAUGCUAGUCUUUCUUUCUUCAUGGCAGGAUACUGGCAGCAGGAUUUUAUGAAAUGUAAUAAGCACAAAAAAUUAAAAGGCACAAUUUUUUAGGGGGAAGGGGUUGCAAGUUACCAGUGUCAGUAAUUCUGAUCAUUUUGAGAGAUACAGGAACAUAUUUAUUUAUCUUGAUAGAGACUGCAAUUAUUUAAUGUGUGUGUGUGAGCGUGUGUGAAUAAAAGCUCGGGGAUCUCUGUUAUCUUUUUUUCUGUGGUCAGUGAAUGUUUGCAUCUCUCUGAUUUAACUUUAUCUAUCAUCUUAAAACAGCCUGAAAUCUGGUUUGUUUCAGUGUGAAUCGUGACUUUGCUUGUGGCAGCUGACAGGUGUAGGCAGGGUGAAACUCAUGGCUUAAGGUCCUCAGAAACUACAGCAGGGGUCUCCAAACCCAAAGCAGAUUCUCCUGAUAAAGUGGGGCCAUGUCCACAGCAAGAUGUAGUGAGGGCAGAGGAGGUGGAAUAAGCUACACUGUGCAACUUCAGUGAUUUAUAGCGAGCAAUGUAGCAUAAUUGGAAGUGGAAAUUUGCCCAGUCUACACCAUUCUGCUCAGGAUAUGUGCUGCAUUAAAAUCCUGCCCGUAUUUAAAAUGGGUUGCUGAGAGAUGUCACAAGGUGAUGUAUUAAAUUGCCAGCAGAGGUUUCUAGGUUAA